AUGGCGCAAGCAGAUACAGGCGUAUGCCCCUCGAUCUCAGAAGGCCUGAAUAGCACGUACACAUCCCAAUCAGACUGGUGGAACGAGGCCGAAGCACCGCUUUGCGGGUUCAACUCGCGCGAGCAGAUCUACGUCUCGAACAUAACAGAUUGCUGUGAACCUCAUACCGUCGGCUCGCUUGAUGGCUGCUUCUACUUCUGUCAGCCACUGAGUGGCAGCGACCAGACGGCUUUUGGACGAUGUGUUCGAGAUGGUAUUGGGCAGGAGCUGGAGCUUGUGGGGAUUGGAUGUAAUGAUGCGUAUGAGAGCGCUGCUGCUGCGAGCACGGGAGCUGGGGCUGUCACGUUGCUGUGGAUUUUGGCGAUUUGUUUCGCGGCUGUGUGGCGAUAG